AUGUUGUGCCGCCGAAUGCGGCUCACGGAACGCCACCUACAGCCGCCCCGGGAACCGCUGGAAGGGCCGAUCGUACGUCCGUGUACCACGCGGAAGCUGAUGAACCUCGGAGCGGGCGGCAACGCUUGCAGCGCCACCGGCCCCGGCACCACCACCAAUGCGAUCGGCCACACCACGAUCACCAUCCCGACGGGCGACGCCACCCGAGCGUGCUGCGAGGAGCAACAGUGUUCACCACGUGGGAGAAAACCUACGGAUGGCCCCAAAACACCGCUGAUGAUCGUGAAUUUGAACAUUCCGCCCGGCACGGAGACGCUGGCGCCGAAGAGUGCGUCGCGAACCGAACGCACCAAGCUGCCCCACUUCUGCCUCCAGUACCGCAACCUGUCCCGCCUCUGCUCUGCCCCACCGGGAGGGGCCACGGCGACGGUUCCCGGAGCGGCCCCGGGAGUUACCUCGCACCAGAUUCCUCAGAUAUUCAUUCAAAGCUUCGAGCUGCAGGACCGCCGCGCCACCGAUGGCCAGGGAACGGCGGCCGCGGGCGAGGCGGGCCAGGAGGGUAGGAGCAGUAGCCAGGCGUACAAUAUUAUCACCGAGAACGACGAGGACACGUUCGCGACACUGCUCCUGGAGAACAUCUCCAACAUCUCGCUGGAGAUGAUACAGCGCCACCAGCAGAAACUGCUCGGGACGGCCGGUUCCUCGCUGACCGAGGCCCAACUGCAGACGGGUACCGGGACCGGGACCUGCUUCCAGCACGUCGAGGGCUGCAGUAGCAUGGACCGGACGGACAGUAAGACGUCGGCCGAUGUCGCUACGGGGCUGGACAUGCGGAUGGACUCGACGGAAGAUCGCGCCUUGGGAGGGGCCGCCUCGGAGAGCGGUGGACGUCGGGAGUACGCCAGUCUGCGGAGCACCACCCAGGAUGGUAUCGAUGAACCGUUGGACGACAUUCCCGCCGGGUACAGGUCGCUCUGCUACCGGACGCCAAGUCCCAAGACGAGGCAAAUCAUCCGCGUCGACAUCGUCACGAGUCGGGAGAAGUACUGA